AGUGAGCAUCUUCAGACCACAUUCAAGCUAUUUUGGCUGCCUGGCACCAACCUCGCUGUUGACGAAGCUAUGGCACGAUUCACAGGCAGAGCGGCCGAGAUUGUUAAUAUCCCUUCAAAGCCAACGCCCAAAGGCUUCAAAAUAUGGGUACUAGCCGAUCAGGGGUAUAUCCUCGAUUGGCUAUUCCAU